GUGUUACCUGUUGGAUGGGAUCUCUAAAGGAGCCUGGCUGAAUCGCUCAGGCAUCAUAUUCGCAGGGAACGACAAGUGGUCUGGGGACCCUCGUGUUUCUAUAGUGUCCAGUGUUGGAGACAAACAUGAGUACAGCCUUCAGAUACAGAAAGUGGACAUAAGUGAUGACGGCCAGUACACAUGCUCAAUUCAGAGUGAUCGGAACCUACGGCCAAAGCUCCUCAACCUCAUUGUAAAAGCCAAGAAGUAUGACAGCGGCGAAUAUCUUAACAUCACCAGCAUCACAAGGGAUCAGGCUGGAGACUACGAAUGCAGCGCUUUAAAUGACAUCGCCUCUCCUGACACCAAAACAGUAAAAGUCACAGUCAACUUUGCCCCCACUAUCCAUGAGAUGAAGAGCCCUAAUGUUGGUUUGGGACGCACAGCUCUGCUUCGGUGCGAGGCUGCCGCUGUACCAACUCCAUCAUUUGAGUGGUAUAAAGGAGAGAAAAGGAUUAUCAAGGGCCAGGGCAUCGACAUCAAGAACCUCAGCUCUAGAUCGGUUCUUACAGUGACCAACAUGACAGAAGAUCAUUACGGGAAUUACACAUGCGUCGUCACCAACGAGCUAGGAACAGCUAAUGCCAGUGGGCCUCUUAUUCCGCCCAACACUGCACCCUAUGGGAGCCCAGGGAGCGCACACAUCUCGCUGGCCUGCCGGUACCUGGUCCUGGCUCUCUCCUCCUUCAUCAGCGUGUACUAGCAGAGGCCAGCGCGGACACAAUGACUGUGGAGAGCAUUUAUGAAACCUUUUUUUGACAUUGCUGAUGGCUGAAAUCUGAUCGUGGUACGUUUGUUGAAAAGCU